AUGUUGCUGCGCGUGCGCGACACGCUACCUUACACGCUUGCUAGUGGCGUGGUUGUGGCCGCCAUCGUGUACAAUGAGCUUCAGGAGUACAAGCAAUUUUACCCCACCAUGGUGGCCCUCUCCCACUCCAGCCUCAACAUGACGGUGCGUAUCCGCUUUUACUUUAUCCGGCUGCUUGCGUACAUUGCGUUCUUCGGCAUCCUCGUCAACUUCUACACCAUCCCACUCCACCUCCUCCGCGACCUCUUCAUCACGUUCUCGUCGUUUACGCGGCGGCUGCGGGAUUUCAUGCGCGCGCGUCGCGUUCUCGCUCGUUUGGGCGAAGCGCUCACAGACGCCACGCCGGAGGACCUUCAAGGCAGCCCCGCAUGCAACAUCUGCCUGGAGGACAUGGACAGCGGGAAGAAGCUGCCGUGUGGGCAUGUGUUCCACCUCAACUGCCUGCGCCGGUGGCUGCAGGAGAACCAGACCUGCCCCGCCUGCCGCGCAGACCUCGACCUCCUUACACAGCGCCAGCGCCAACAACAACAACAGCAGCAGCAGCAGCAGCAGCGACAGCAACCAGGUGUGCCGGGACAGCCACAGCCACGGCCACCGCCACCACAUGUACAGCAGCAGCAACAGCAGCAGCAACAGCGGCCGGAUAACUUUGGUUGGCCGACACCGCAAGCACUGGCGGCAGCAGCGGCAGCGGCAGCUCAGCGGCAGCAAAGGGACCAGCAACAGGAGCGUGGUGAUGGUCAACAGCAGCAGCGGCAGCAGCCUGGACCCGCGGCGAUGGCCGGUGCACCCGCCACGACCACGACCACGACCACGACUACAGCAUCAUCAUCAUCAGCGGCCGGGGCGUCGUCUUCUUCUUCAUCUGGUCGCCGCCUCCCUGCUCCACCGCCGUUCAUGCCCCCAUUCCCCAUGCCGCCAUUCCAGCCUGGUAUGCUCCCGCCGCCGCCUCCACCGCCCCCAUUCGUCAUGGAAUUCGACUUCAACCGACAAAUCUCGACGGAGGACCUGCAGCCGCUCUCUGAUGAGCAGCUGGCGGAGAUGGAGGGGAACACACGCCAGCAGGUGAUGGCGCGCAUUGCGUUUCUGCGGCGCCUCAAGCGCGAUGUGGAUGCACUCAUUCUCAGAUUCGGUCAAUAUGAGACGCUCGCAGAGCCACCCGCUCCCACGGCUGCCCAGCGCAAUGAUGAUGAUGAUGACGACGACGACGACAACGCUGGUGAUGAUGAUGAUACGGCAGAGAAGAAGGCGGAACAAGGCGGUGAUGGCAACCACGACGACGAUGAAGAAGAAGAAGAUGAUGGUGAUGAUGAUGAUGACGACGACGACGACGAUGAUGACGAUAACGAUGAAGAAGAAGAAGAAGAUGAUGAUGAUGAUGAUGACGAUGCGGAAGUGGAAGAGGUGGUGGCGGAUCCACCACCGCAGAAGAACGACACGACAACAUCUCAUGCUAACAACGGUGACGAUGAUGACAAUGAUGAGGAUGAUGAUGAAGACAAGCAGGCGCCGUUACCUCGUCAAAUGUCCCAUGAGGAGAUCCGUGCGCUGCGUCUACGCGCCCUCUCCCAAUCUGCCAGCCCCUCCAAGCAACCGAAUGACAGCACCGCCAAGGAGUGA